UAUCCUGGCUUUAGUAUUGUGUAAGUGUCGGACACUGGAAGGCGCUGGUUAAGCACGUUUAGCAUUUGUGAACACGCUCCUUCGAUCGGUUAUGUUUCAGCUUUUCAGAUAACAGUAGAAACGUGUCGUGACAUAAUUAAAGGUCGAAGUGUUUUUUAAAAUAGGUUUUAGUAGUUCGAUAGUUACUGUAGUUUGAAAGCGGGGAAAGGACGAACUAGUUUUGUUAUCUCACAUACAUUUUUUUUUUUUUUUGUAAUGUUGGGAGAUUCGUUCGACAAGGCUGUUAUGUUACGUAGGGUUCUGAAUUUCCAAUGUAUUAGCAUCGAAGCUAGCAAUUUGUUGGCUGUAUUUCUCCCAGUAUUUGUACAGAUGUUUGCUGAUGUAGAAUGUGGUUCAGGUCUGGUGUCAGUCAUGUCGUUAUUGAUAUUUGUUCGCGUGUGUAAUGUCAUGCAUGUACCGAAGUGUUUGAUGAAGUGUUUGGAAGUCUACCGAAGAUGUUUCGCGCCUUCGACAUGCUUUAUACAAAUUUCUUGCUGAAACAUUGAGUGUAAUUAUGCAAAAGAUUGCCGAAAUGGCUCUUGGAAACGUGUUUCGAAGAAGAAACAGUUGGACUCUGGAACCGAUCAAGACGAAUGCAAAUUCGACACAGCCUCCGAUACCACCGCCAGCCCAGCAGACACAGCAGCAACUCUCACCAGGAGCCAACGUCCCGCCUCCAACGCAGAUCAACAAGAUCAAAUACCCAGGCCCGCCUCACAUUAAGAAGGACAAGCGACAGACCUCGUCUAGAUUCAAUAUCAGCAAAAAUCGCGAACUCCAAAAACUGCCUCUUCUUAAAGACGCGACAACAAACGAGCGUGACGAGCUCUUCGUGCAGAAGAUUCGUCAGUGCUGCGUCCUCUUCGACUUCGUAGCCGAUCCCCUUUCCGAUCUUAAAUGGAAAGAAGUGAAGCGAGCAGCGCUGCACGAGAUGGUGGAGUUCGUCACAACGCAGAGGGGCGUCAUCACGGAAGCAAUCUACCCCGAAGCAGUGAACAUGUUUGCAGUUAAUCUUUUCCGGACCCUGCCGCCCUCAAGCAAUCCGAAUGGGGCCGAGUUUGACCCAGAAGAAGAUGAACCCACCUUGGAGGCUGCUUGGCCACACUUGCAGCUCGUUUAUGAGUUCUUUCUCAGAUUUUUGGAAUCGCCCGACUUCCAACCAAAUGCCGCCAAAAGGUAUAUUGACCAGAAAUUUGUUCUGCAGUUGUUGGAAUUAUUUGACUCGGAAGAUCCAAGAGAACGGGAUUUUCUGAAAACAACGUUGCACAGAAUUUAUGGUAAAUUCCUGGGACUCCGCGCGUACAUCCGAAAACAAAUCAACAACAUAUUUUAUAGGUUUAUCUAUGAAACUGAACACCAUAAUGGAAUUGCUGAACUACUUGAAAUAUUGGGCAGCAUUAUUAAUGGCUUUGCCCUGCCUCUGAAGGAAGAACAUAAAGUGUUCUUACUGAAGGUGUUGCUACCGCUACACAAGGUGAAGUCGCUCUCAGUGUAUCACCCGCAGCUGGCCUAUUGUGUGGUACAGUUCCUUGAGAAGGACCCUUCCCUCACAGAACCUGUUAUCAAGUGUCUGCUAAAAUUUUGGCCCAAGACACACUCGCCCAAAGAGGUGAUGUUUCUGAAUGAGCUAGAAGAGAUUUUGGACGUUAUCGAACCGGCAGAAUUUCAGAAAGUGAUGGAUCCGUUGUUCCGGCAAUUGGCUAAAUGCGUCUCCAGUCCGCAUUUUCAGGUUGCAGAGAGAGCACUGUAUUAUUGGAACAAUGAAUACAUAAUGUCUCUAAUUAGUGAUAAUGCUGCAGACAUCCUUCCCAUUAUGUUUCCGUCACUUUACCGUAACUCUAAAUCGCACUGGAAUAAAACAAUACAUGGGUUAAUUUACAAUGCCUUGAAACUCUUUAUGGAGAUGAACCAGAAACUCUUUGAUGAAUGCACACAGCAAUACAAGCAGGAGAGACAAAAAAGAGAGAAAGAGCGCCAAAGGGACCGAGAUGAAGCUUGGACGCGAGUCGAAGAGCUAGCUAUGAGGAAUCCAGGUUAUGCCCCUUCGCGUACCAACAGCAUAGACAGCAGCAUUGGUGAUUUGAGUUCUCCUCUGGAUGGUGAUGCUGAAGAUGACAUGACCUAUGAGAAGCUGGAAGCCGAAGCUAGAGAGGGGCGAAAAGUGCGAAACAAGGAGAAACCGUUGCUUCGACGGAAGUCAGAACUUCCUCAUGACACUUAUACUUUAAAAGCCCUGAUCGACCACAAACGAGCUGACGAGUUCCUUCCGACUCCGCCAGAUGUAAACAAAUGCUAAUGAAUGGGCAGUGUUUGCUUGGCCAUGAGGCAACAGCAUUCUCUUUGUGCCACUUGCAACUGACAGAAGUUGAGCAGCAUGAAGUGUUUGAAGCUUGGAAAAGUCUGACUUAAACAGCUAUCAAUUACAAAUUGUAUAAUGAGCAUUGCAACGAAUGCAUUUCAUGCUUUGAAUAGUUAUUUAGCUAAAUAAAUGCUGUAAAUGAAGACCUAGUUUAUGAUGUUUAAAUAGCCCAGCAUCAUAAAAUUAAAUAGACAGUACACAAGUGUUUAAACUCGACCAGUGGUUGCAAUAAAUAUUACGCACCGUGGCAGGUGUCUUUGUGUGCUUCACACAAUCAAGGUCAAUGUAGAGAGAGGAAAGUGGUUUGUUCAUCAUGUAAGUUGCAAAGAUGUCGGCUGUUUUGUACUUGUAUAAAUGUACCAUUGAAACUGGAAUGAGUCAAUGCAAGUAAAGAGGAAUUAUUGUAUCUAGAACCAUAGAUUGUGCUGAUGGUCUGCCCAUACAGAAUUGCAGGAUCGAGCAAGAGAAGGAGCCGAGUUUCUAUUCCAGCAUUUGAUUCAUAAUCAAGAUUACAAUGUCCUAUGUAACCAGUGCGGACUUUGCCAAACACAACCGAAUUCUGUCCCAGUAAAAUUAAUAGCUAACUGGCAAGCAAGUUCCAUGUACCCAGAAGCUUGACCAUCAAGUUCAUUCGUUCACGUGGGCUUCGUAAUGAAUUACUAUUACCCGCAUGCAUUGAGAUCUUGUGAACUUGAAAGGAAGUAAGGUUGGGUUGUCUUUGCCCAAAGUCAAUAGAAAACCCUUUGUCAUCAAUGGCAACUCAUUUUACUUCUAAAGCAGUUGGGGAUGACGGACCUUGUCUCCCAUGUUACCACUAGUGAUCCGGCCCGCCCAGUUCAUUUCAGCCAUGCUUGGUGAGAUGAUGUGUCUUAAUAUGGCUAAAUCAUGUGUAAUGAUUAGUGCUUGUGCCAAUACUAGUAGGUUUCUUAAUCAAAUUGUAAGUGAUAACUACACAUUUUACAGUAUUAACUAGUUUGGGGAAAUGAGGUAAAUAUAUUCAAGUUUCAGGAAUAGCAGGAGAAACUGUAUGGGUGGAAGUACAGAGCGGCAAUGUUUAAAGAAAUAUCUAAGUCCUGGUUGACAAUAUUUGUUGUGUAGCCUAUAGUAUAUGUUCUCGCAUAAUAUUCAUUACCACUAUAUAAUAUUGUGGCCUUUACAUGCCGUACUCUUAAGCAGUGGUAAGCUUUGCUUUAUGCCAGUGAACUUCUCGUUAUUAUUAUUAGUGUUGCCACCAAUAGAAACAUGAGUUAAUCUGUGUCAUACGAUCGAUCCAAACUGUUGAUUUGAUAAGUUGAGUGGUUCCAUUAUUUUCAAGAUUGGAGGUGAUUGGGUAUUACCACCCUCAAGGCUGUGCUUGCAAGGUAGUGGCAUUGCCCUUGGUAGUAAUGAAGUACUUUUAAGAUGGUUGGAGGUACUCGAAAAAUACGUUGUCAGUUGCCGUGUACCUGAUGCUACAGCUUGAAACUCUUAAACGUAAAUUUAAAACACAAAAUCCCUGAGAAAGAUAUACCAAAUUUUUUUAGUGAAAAAUAUUUAAAAUUUUGAAUCACUUGAUAUUUUGCACAGAUGGUGAUAAAAUGGUUAGUGCUUGUGAUUUUUUCAUUCCUCGGUACCUCUUCACAGAUGGUUUUGUGUUACCCUCUUAAAAUUCUGUUUGUUUUGUGUCACUUAGUUUCUAUUAUAAUAUAUGCGGUAUGAAUGUGUCGUCAGUUUUCCACGUCCAAGAGUUAAAAAAGUUUUGUGUUGGUAUUGUGGCUAUAAACAUUUGCUGUGUGAUGAUAUCAUGUUACCUCCUUAAAAUUCCGAUUAUUUUGUUUCAUUUAGCUGGUACUAUUGAAGUAUAUACAGUAUGAGUAUGCCAUAAAUUUUCCACAUGUGGGAGUUUUAUGUUAGUAUUGGCUUUUGAACUUUGCUGUCAUAGGUUAGAAGUUCUGAGGGUCAUUGUUCAUUUUAACUAACAUCUGCACACAAAAUUUUUGAUGGCAUAUACUUAGUUUUCCUUUCAGUGUUGUUUUAAACUUGUAAAAAGUUUUAAAAACCUGGCUAAUUAAUAUUUGCAUUUGACAGUAAUGAAAUUCAUAUACAUUGCAGAUGUGUUUACUCUCCUUUUUAUAGCAGUUUAUGUAUCUUUAAAUAGAACAGUGGAAAAAAUUAUAAUUCUGAUAAAUAUAAUUGUUCACAAAUUUACCAUAUAAAUUUAAUGUGUUUGAUAAUGAUUUAUUGGUUAACCCAACAAAUAAAUUAAACAAUUCUUAUUCUUUUAUAUCAAAAGAUUAUGUUCUUUGUAUUUUCCGCAUUUGCUCAUUUUGAUACAUCUGAGUGGGACAAGGUUGAUAAUUGUACAGAUAUUCCAAAUUCAGGAGUUUGUCAGUAGGAAAAGUUGUAUCAUAAGAGGGAAUGAAUAGAAGGAAGGUUGCAGUACGUAUAAUUAUAAGAACUCAUCCUUUAUGUUGUUGCUUCUGGAUGUUCUUAACUUUUAUUACGAUUGUGUCCCCUUUCAGUUAUUAUAGAAAGAAAUAUAUUGAAGUAUGUCCUCUCAAAUUAUAAAAGUAAAAUGGAUUACAAAUAUAUUCUGCACACUGAGUUUGGCGGCAGAGAUUUAUUGAAGUGUCAGGCAAGGGGCAGCUAGUUAUACUGUACAUGCAUAAUAUUUAUGUUAGUGUCUGUGCUGUUCAUUGAUUGAACAUUCUAAUUUACAAUAAAAGGGAAGUCCAAGUGAUUCUUGGAUGACAAACUGUGAAAGUGAUAAGCGAUAGUUUAACGUUGUGUUUGGUUUGACAGUUGUAAUUUGUUGGAAUAAGACCAUUUGUAUUUCUCAUUGAAA